GUUACGAUUUAAAUUAUAUGAAUGUCUUUUAGGACGGAACAGAAUAAACAAUGGCGUCAGCUAAGGAGUUUUUAUUCGUAUUCUUUAUUGCAGGGCUUGCGAUAGCUGUAGAGAGCGGUCGUAUCGUGGGGGGUCAGCCGGCUCCCAUUGAGCGAUACCCUUCCAUAGUGCAGGUGAAUAUUCUCAGCAACAGCGGUGUGUGGGGAGAUUGGUGUGGUGCCAGCAUUCUGACCACCAGAUAUGUCCUUUCUGCCGCACAUUGCUUCGAUGGAGUCCUUUUCGAUCCUUCAAAGCGUCGCAUCAGAGCUGGUACAGCACAAAAGAACGUCGGAGGGAUGGUAGUGUACGUUGAAAGGGCUUACAACCACCCUAGCUUUGGUCUGCUGGCUUUGGAUGGUGACAUCUCCGUAAUACGGCUUCAGUCUGCUCUGGUCUACUCCCCUACCAUCCAGCAGGCUACCAUCGUCGCACAAGGAUCACAACUUCCCGACAAUGUUCCAGUCGUAUACGCUGGUUGGGGCGCUAUGUGGGAGAAUGGUCCAUCUUCCGAUGUCCUGCUCGAUACAACAGUUUUCACCAUCAACCGCGAAUUGUGUGCGCAACGUUACGAGGAGAGUCCUUUCCCGUUCGUCGUCACCGAGAACAUGAUCUGCGCUGGUAUUCUAGACGUCGGCGGUCGUGAUGCUUGCAAUGGAGACUCUGGUGGCCCGAUGUACUACGGCCAGAUCCUCGUUGGCACUAUCUCCUUUGGUAUCGGCUGCGCCAACGCCACCUUCCCCGGAGUAGUCGCUUCGAUCGCAUCUUACACGGACUGGAUUGUCGCGACUGCUAUUUGCAUUGCGGCGGCAAAUGGCGGUCGUAUAGUAGGAGGUCAGCCGGCACCCAUAGAGCGGUACCCUUCCAUCGUACAGGUGGACGGUUUGGGAGUAUUCACGGGCGCUUGGUCACAGAACUGCGGCGCCAACAUUCUCACCUCCAGAUACGUCCUGUCCGCCGCACAUUGUUUCGCUGGAUUCUUCUACGAGCCAUCCCGCCGUCGUAUCAGGGCUGGCACCGCUGACAGGAACUUCGGCGGUUCUAUUGUGUAUGUUGAGAGGGAGUUCAAUCACCCGAGCUACGGUCUGCUGGGCAUGGACGGUGACAUCAGCGUGGUGCGCUUGCAGUCGGCUCUGGUCUACUCGCCCGUCGUCCAGCAAGGCACCAUUGUCGCUCAGGGCACACAGGUGCCGGACAACGUGCCGGUCGUCCACGCCGGAUGGGGUGCUACUUCGCAAGGAGGUUCCGCAUCAAGUGUUCUUCUCGACACUACAAUCUACACUGUAAACAACGACCUUUGCCGAGAGAGGUACCUGCAUAGUCCACGACGAGACAUCGUUACACCCAACAUGAUCUGUGCUGGUCUUCUUGACAUCGGAGGUCGUGAUGCCUGCCAAGGAGACUCUGGAGGCCCUCUAUACUUCGGAGAGAUCAUCGUCGGCGUCGUCUCCUGGGGGGAGGGUUGUGCAAAUGACACCUUCCCCGGAGUCAGCACCGCUGUCUCACCCUACACUGACUGGAUACUUGCAACUGCAGCGUGAAAUUUUACUUAAGAUAUAACUUAUGUUUGAAUUUAAUUUUUAGUUCUUGAAAUAAAAUAUGCUUUAAUGUUAA